UCAGACACUGCUGACCAAGACAAUCAACGUUCAACAGAAUGCGAAAAGCCAAGGCUCAUUUACUGAACUCUGCAUCGAGGUCUGCGAGUUUUCAACCUCAAGCGACUUUCAAGCGUUGAUGUGUUGGCCUACAAGCCUCACCAAGUUCGCUUUCCUUUGGAGGCCACCAACGACGGCCUACCAGUUGGGAAACCGUGCGGGAAGGCCUGGUUCUGCACGCUUCGUCGCUAGAGUCCAUCUGGAUAGGCUGCAAGGCCGGAGACGUGUGGCCCCCAGAAUCGAACGGACUUUCCAACGCUCCUAUCACGCUCGACUUCAACUCUUUCGAGCACUUGACCUUUUUGAGCCUGAGCUACCGGUUGACGGGAAAUGACGGGAACGAGUCGAACCUCCCUUUGGCCCCGUGUCUUCAAGUAUUUGAGGGGCUCUUCGAUGAUGUUUGCGAGGUCGGCGGCAAGGUCGGGACGUAUCUCGACGACAUCCAGCAACGAGAGGAGGAAUACCUACGGAAAACUCGCCAGGGCUGCCAUAGUUCGUAGAAUUCCGCUACGGACAAUUGCCAUCCGCUUCACGGCUUUUGCGGAAUUUAGCACUCAAACUGCCCGUAAGGGCUUGAAAUAUCCUUGGGAUUGUAUGAAUAGGCUGGCGGCCGAGAUUCUACCCUCGGGCAUCCAGCUCUCGUACAAUAAACCGACUGUGACAUAGAAAGAAUUCAACGUGACGAAACUAUUUGGGAUACUACCCUGGCGGGGUUUCUGGGAAGACAACCUGCCGGAUGAAUCCGAGUUCGUCCCAGCAAUGAGCAUAACAUUCUGACUCUCAACAGAGCGCCGUCGAGAUCCAGUACUAUGUAUUGUACUGUACAUAUAUCUAUCCUAGUACCUGAUACGAAGCUAGUCCCAAUGCAC